GGUGUGUUUGAUUGGGGUUGGAGCUCCUAUCUGUAGGACGGUAGCUCUCCAGGAGCAGGGUUGGAGACCCCUGAUCUAGUAUAUUCCAGUUCUAUUAUCUACCAUAGAUAGAAGAACCACUCUUAAAAAAAGGGAGAGGACUAACUUACUGCAUUAGGGAAAUGUGACUGUGACAUCACAACAGAGUAAUAAAAGCCCAUUUGCCAGCAGAACCCAGCCAGUACAGCCAUUCAUUCAACAAAGAGUGGUCUUGUCCUGGAGUUACCGUGCAGUAACAGGAGGAUCGAAUGGGACAAAACCAGGGCAAGGAGGGGGAGCUAGGGCAGGACAACAGCUCUACAGGACCAGAGGAAAGGGAACCAAGCCCAGACCCUGGGGGAGCCAAAGAGGAAGGAAAUCUAACCAUUGAAACUCAUGGUGUCUGGACAGAUGAGGAGAACACAGCCAAAGGAAGAUUGGAUGGAGGCCCAGGCAGGGAGUCACCAUCACCUACACCAGUGCAUGGUUUGGAUUCUCAUGAUAAGGUCUGCACUCCCACAGAUGAGGGGGUUUUGGAGGGAGGGGAUGGCGAAAAAGAGGGAGGAAGGAAGAGUAGCGAGGAAGGCAGGGCUGAACCACUGGCUCCACAGCAGCUGAAUGGAAUCGCACAGUCUGACAGCUGCACGCAGUGCACAUGGGAGGCUGGCGAACCAAACCACGCCAGAAAAGACUUGGAGAGUACACUAGAAGACGAUCAGGACAACCUUAGGUGUGACCUUCCUGGUGAAGAUAAAAUUGAAAGGCUUCGCAAAGGAGAAAACAGGAGUAAGAAGUGUGCUUCAUAUGUAAAGAACGAAAUGGAGUCUGUCUGUGGAGAUGACGACAAGCUAAAGAGUCAGGAAGAGGUCAGAAAACUCGAUUUUAAAGCUGCUUGUGAUAUUAGUCUAAAAAAUACAGGGCCUACCUUGGAGAUUCUGGAAAGGAAGGACAUUUCAAAACCAUGUGGUGGGGAUGCCAACACCAACGUUCACUUCACGGUUCAAGACCAAGCUUUAGUCAUUACCGAAAAUGUCUCGUUGAAGACCAGCAUGACUGAAUCGCAAAACAAGGGGCUGAUUAACAAGCGAAACAAUGAAACAUCAAAGGACACUUCUGAGGCAAUUCAGCAAAGUAAAGAAGAAAUACAGAAGAAGCUGCCAGAGAAUCCACAUAAGGUUGUAACAGAAACCCCAAACGCUGAACAUUCCUCCUCGAAGAACGUCGAAACCCAAGGGUGGUCAAUGAAGGAUGUCCACUCAGCCAGAGAACCAGAAACCCCACAUGCUGAACGAUCCUCCCUGAUGAACAUUGAAACCCAGGGGCAGUCCAUGAAAUAUGUCUGCAGAGCCAGAGAAAAUGUUACGGGGUGUCAGCCAACAGAUGAUGUCAUAAAGACCAGAUUUACUAGUUCAUCUCUGGCAGGUGUGGAUUUACAAAGCAAAGCUGUGAGUCUGGAAAGAGCUCAGAGCCCGGAGGACCUCAGCACCUUAGAAGUGGCAUCCAAGUCACCUUGGGGUCACUCUGAGACCCAUCGACAAAUAUCUGCGGGUGAAUUCACACAGGACGAGCUUCAGAGUGUGUCAGACUUGGAGGGCCCUUGUACAAAGGAACCUUCACCUGGGAGAUCAUCCACUGGAGGUCAUAAAAAUAAAGAUGGCAUAAGAGGGACUGAAGAAAGAGAAAAUCUGGAAUCUGCUUCAAAGGUUCUGUAUCAUUCCCAUGAAAAAAAACCUGAGAUAAAAGAUCUUUCUCUGCAUGGAACAGAAACGGAAGAGGGUUGUUUUGUGUCAUCUAAUAUUGCCAGUGUAGGUAUGCUGGGUGAAAACAAACCCUGGCUACAAAGCUAUGAAGAAUGUAUUACAUUCUCUGAAGACAUUACAGAUUCGAACCCCCAUUGUAAAUCUGAUGUUCAAGUUAUGCAAAAAAAUGAAAAAGAGGAUCUCCCUCUUUUAGCAAAGGCCAAAGAACACACAGAGAAAAGUCUGGAAUGGUUUCUGGCUGAAACGAGUCCACAGGAAGUGAUACAAACCCUUCCAGAGACGGUGAAGGAUACUACACAUGAGAUGGAUCCAGAACGUUCUUCUCCAAUAAGUGCAGUGAUUGAUGUAGAAGAUGCUACAAAACAACAGAGGUUAGAUGGUAACGCUAACGCUAACUCAGAGAGGGACCGGGUCGGUAAGUCUAAUCAGAAUACUAUCAGCUUGCGCAAGGAAACAUCUGCAACUGGUUCUAUCUCUGAGCUCAUUGCUGGUCCUGAUACAGUUUCAGGUCACAUAGAUGAUAGGCCAAGUGUGGACAAGAAAACAGAAGUCACUCUGUCUGGUUCUUCUCAACUUCAAGAAAAAUGUUUUUUGAAGAUUUUUACAAAUACGUCAACCCAUUCCACUAUAAGCCAGACAGACGUAUCCAAUCAGGUCUGGGCCGGUUGUGCUGCUGGAGCUGCAUUAGCAGACAACGCUGCAAACACAUCUGCUGCACAAGAUGUGCAACAUUCCUCCUCCAUGUGCAACCUAAUAAGUAUGCAAGCUAACGAGAAACAAGAUAAAGAGCAGAACAAGCUGUCGACACAAGCAAAUUGUCAUGUGUUAGAGGAGAAACGUUCAAGCCAGCUUGACCAAAAGCACGCAAUAGAAAGCAACCCGACCACCAUCAUGGAAACACCACAGGGUGCACAGAAAAGACAUGUUUCUGAUAUAAUAAAGGAAGCUAUUGAGAUGCAGAAGAAGAUGAAGGAGUGGACCAAGCCAACUGAGGCCCGAGCUGAUCUGACCUUAGAUCCAACACAGUCUGUGAAAGUGUCACAGAUGAAAGCAGCAUUUGAUCCACCAAGGAAAUCACCUGACAAAGCACUAGAGAGAAAACCUUCAGUAAGAAAAGAUAUGUUCAAACGGGUUGUACGACAGAGUAAGUUCCGGCAUGUGUUCGGCCAGGCGGUGAAGAACGACCAGUGCUAUGACGACAUCAGGGUGUCCCGGGUCACGUGGGAUAGUGCAUUCUGCGCUGUCAACCCCAAAUUUGUUGCCAUAAUUGUGGAAGCCAGCGGAGGAGGAGCGUUCAUGGUUUUUUUGCCUCUGCAUAAGACGGGCCGUAUCGAUAAGGCCUACCCUACAGUAUGUGGCCACACUGGCCCUGUUCUGGACAUCGAUUGGUGUCCUCACAAUGACCAGGUCAUCGCUAGCGGAUCUGAAGACUGCACCGUGAUGGUGUGGCAGAUCCCAGAGAAUGGUUUGGUGACCUCCAUGCCAGAGCCAGUGGUGGUGCUGGAGGGUCAUUCUAAGAGAGUGGGAAUCGUUACCUGGCAUCCCACCGCCCGCAACGUCCUGCUCAGCGCAGGCUGUGAUAAUGUGAUUAUCAUCUGGAAUGUGGGGACGGGGGAAGCCAUAAUCACCCUUGAGGAUAUGCACCCUGACAUCAUCUUCAGUGUCUGCUGGAACCGCAACGGCAGUCUCAUCUGCACCGCAUGCAAGGACAAGAAGGUCCGUGUGAUCGACCCGCGCAAGGAGGACAUUGUUGCGGAGAAGGACAAGGCCCAUGAGGGUGCCAGGCCCAAAAGAGCUAUUUUCCUGUCUGAUGGCAAAGUGUUCACCACUGGUUUUGGCCGCAUGAGCGAGAGACAACUCGCCCUCUGGGAUCCGGACAAUAUGGAGGAGCCAGUUUCUGUCCAUGAGAUGGACACCAGUAAUGGAGUCCUCCUGCCCUUCUAUGAUCCCGAUACUAAUGUGGUCUACCUGUGUGGGAAGGGUGACAGCAGCAUCCGUUACUUUGAGAUCACGGAUGAAGCUCCUUUUGUCCAUUACCUCAACACCUUCACCACUAAGGAGCCUCAGAGGGGCAUGGGAUACAUGCCAAAGAGAGGACUGGACGUCAACAAGUGUGAGAUCGCAAGGUUUUACAAACUGCAUGAGAGAAAGUGUGAACCUAUCAUCAUGACCGUGCCAAGAAAAUCGGACUUGUUCCAGGAUGACCUUUACCCUGACACUGCUGGUCCGGAGGCCCCCAUGGAGGCUGAGGAAUGGUUUGAAGGGAAGAAUGGAGACCCUGUCCUGAUAUCCCUGAAACAUGGAUACAUCCCAGGCAAGAACCGUGAUCUCAAAGUGGUCAAGAAGAACAUCCUAGACAACAAGCUAAGCAAGAAUACAGAGAAUACCACCCCUGCCAUCAAGACUGCCACCUCCACACCAUCUAUUAAAAGCGAAGCUAAGCUGGAUGAAGUUUUGAAAGAAAUGAAAUCUCUCAGAGAGCUGGUCAGCAGUCAGGAAAAAAGAAUUGCCAAACUUGAGCAGCAGUUGUCUAAAAUGGACAUCUAAAAGGACCCUGAAAUUCCUUCCCCUUCUAUUCAGGAUAUCCCAUUGGCCAGGUGGGCGGGACCCGUCACUGCCAAUCACCAUGACAGCGUUCCGUCUGAAACCUGCCUUGAAAAUACUCCAACCAACAUUCCAAAAUUUUUAUUUUUUUUUUUUGCAUUCCCUAAAACCUGUUUAUACCUCAUGGCCAUUUGGAAAGCAAGAAACUCCUUCGGUUUCUCAAAAUUUGACCUGUUUAGCUUUUUACUCAAUCUCACUCCAAAUCUUUCUGCAUCAGCUGUGUUUUAUCUGGUGUUCUUGAAAGGUCUUAAGAUUUUUGUUUUGUUUUUCUUAUUAAAAUUGUGACCCAAAAGAUUGCAUCCUGAAGCAGUUACAUGAACUUGAUGAGCUCAAAGUUUGAAGUAGCCGUCAGUAUUGCAGUUCCCCUCUCGCCUUUCUGAGUUGCCAAAUUUAUAGAGGAGUUAUGCACCUCCUUGACAGUAUUUGACUAGAUUUUCAUUUCUUACUGAUAAGGGACAAAGCAAUAUGCUAGUAAUGCAAGGAGGGAAAAUCAUUGGAACCAUUCAUCAUUGUUAUACGUGUCUUUCUAGAAAAUAAAAUAUGAAAUAAAAACCUGGAGUGGAAAAAGUUUACAAACCAUUACUGGAAAACAAUACAGGUGCACUAAAAUAUUCCACUAAAGGACUUCUUUUGUUAAUCAGGUACCAAUGUAAAUGUAUUAAGAUAUUAAUUAGCAAAAUAAUCAAAAUAAUUGUGGUUCUGGUGGCUGCCAUGAACACAGCCAAUGUGAACUCUACUCACAACUCCAAACUUUUUCUUGUUGGCUAAGUUACUCAUCGUAAUGGUAAUACAAGCAAAUUGAGUCAGUUUUCCCCUUUCUUGUGUCCACAUAUCAGAACUUUUCUUCACUCAUCUUCUGUUUGAAGCCCGAAUGAAGCCAGAAACCAUAUGGGUCUCAUUUCGUAAACUCUAGAAAGUCUCCGCUUCUAGUAACACAUCCCAAAACAUGAUGAUAUAAACUCAGAACAAGAUAACACACAUAGAUGUUCAAUGGCCAUUCGUUGCUUUACCGGCUUGAUAGCUUUUACCCUGACUUUGUUCUAUUCAGAUGUCAUUCAGGUUUAAGGAACACUGUUAGGUUUGCUUUGCUUUCUCUUUAAUUUCUACAAACCUCAUCUUGAGUUGUGCCGUCCACACCAUCUCAGAAACCAAGCUUGCUUAAGUCUAAACAGCUUUUGCUGUGCAUUGUAGACUGACUACUAGCAAAAUAGUGAGACAUGAUUAACUUCAUUUUCCUAAGUCCUUAUGUGAUGCACGGUCUACCUUGCUCUCCUAACCAAGCAGAACCAAUUUUCUCACGGGGCAGCUCACGUCUAGAUGAUAAUUUCACAAACGUAUUUAUGUGUGCCGUAAGUUUGAGUUGAUGAUAAGUGACUUUUUUUUGUUUUUGGUUAUGUAUUGGUCAUGCCAGGAAGAGAAGAAACUGUGAUUCUGUUGUUCAGAUUGCUUUGGCUACAACCUACGUCAGAUUGUUCUCUUGUGGUUUUCAUUUUGAUGCUUCUACACAUCUCAUUUCUGUUUGCAUCACUGCCUAGUGCCUCUUUCAUAGGUUCUGAAAAGCACAUUACCUCCUCUGCAUGCCUUUUAACCUAAAAUAGCCACCAACUUCUCACCUCAGAACCAUCACCUGACCUACAAGAAUUUCAUUUGAAACGAGGCUUCAGAGCUGUCUGCGUCGACAGCAACAACUCAAUACCUCUGAUGUCAUUCUCACGCUUUUGCUUUCUCUCUUUCUGGUGAAGUUUUAAAGUGAAGGGUUUGAAAAUGUAGGGGCCGUGUUUAUGGGGACAGAUGUGCCAAGCUUGAUCAACUUCAGGAGGUGUGAUGGCUCCAUAUUGAGUGUUUAAUGGCCUCAGGAGGCAUCUGUGAUGCAGCCUCGAGUGUGUGGUUUCAAAGGAGUGAAUGAUUGAAGUGAAAAUGGAUUUAUGGAGGUUGAAAUGAUAAUGCAGGAAGAAGGCUGGAUGUAAGUGAUUUAUUUAGAUGCUUUGUAAAUAUGCUUUUUUUUUUUUUUUUUUUUUAGUUUUCCUUUACAUGUUUUCUUUGGCUGUAGGAAGGUGUUUGUCCAUCAUUUGGAUUUUCAGAUGAUUUUAAAGAAAUUCCCCAUUUUCCCUCAAUAUGCACACUGUGAGCCUUUAAUGUUUCCAAUGAUAAAAUGAAAUUAGAAUUCAGAAAUUCAAUUUUGUGCAUAACUGUUCCAUUUUUGUUCAUUUAUCUGCUUCAAGUAUAAAGAGUCUUACUGAUUACCAGAAAAUAAAAAAAAUAAACUGAA